CCUAUCCCAUGAUGCCCCAGCGCUGAUUCAUAAACAUCCAAGAUGGCGGUGCGAGCUCGAUUGCUGACCAGAUUUCUGGGUUUCUGGCAGUAAAAACGUUAAAAGAACUUCAGGAAAACUGGACUGUGUGGUUGGAAAGCUUUGUGACAAGAAAACUGUGACUGAAAACCCACACUGAAACCCACGUGCAUGUUGAGAAACCCACGCUGGGGACCAGGAACUGUGACUGAAAACCCACACUGAGGAAAACGUACACUGAGAAAAACCCACGCUGAGAAAAACCUACACAGAGAAAACCCACACUGAAAACCUACACACCUACACAGAGGAAACCCAUGUGCAUGCUGAGAAACCCACACUGAAAACCUACACAGAGGAAACCCACGUGCAUGCUGAGAAACCCACACUGAAAACCUACACAGAGGAAACCCACGUGCAUGCUGACAAACCCAUGCUGGGGACCCGGAACUAUAGCUGAAGACCCUGGUACAGAAGGGAAUUUCCAUGCAUGGGAGCAAAUAAAGUAUUUUGUGGACACCUGUUUUCUUGAGGCCCUCCUGAGCCUGGGAGCCGCCAUGUUUGUGUUCAAGCUGUGAACCAUGUGCAGACUUCCUGCUAUGCCGGAACGGUGUCGGAUUACGCAGAAUACCCCCCGCCCUGACAUGUGGUCCGUUCCAACAUGGCCGCCCGUACGCAACUCGAACUCAUUCAGCAGCAACGCGACCGUGGACAACGGUUCAGCAUGACCUCUGACCUCAUCUUCCCGCCGCGGCAGGUGUUGCGGAACCGCCUGGUCCGGCGCGUUCCGCGGCUGAACCUCCACGACCGGGCGAACUCCGACACGAACCUCGCGCACCCGGACUUCCUCAACCGGUCAAGCCUGUCCGUCAGCCGGUACGAGUACACCUUCGGCGUGGACAGCAGUCUGGUGGUCACCUGGGACAUCAAGGAGGAGGUCGGCGCUAACGACUGGAUCGGGCUCUUCCCUCUCAGUGAAAACUCCCCCAAUGGAUUCUGGGAUUACAAGAACCGCGGUGUGAACGGGACGCACAAGGGGCAGAUCAUCUGGGUGUUAGAUCCGGAGCCGCAAACUUCAACGAAUGUGACUGUGACCAGAAUCUGUUUUAAGUACUACCAUGGAGCGACCGGGGCGCUGAGGGCCAUCACUCCUUCCAUCAGUGUCAAGAACCCACAAGCACGGGCAUUUUCUGUCAUUCUGCAGGGUUCAGUAGGGGAGGAUGGGGAGGACCACUGCAGACUGGUCAGGUUCACUAUAUCAGAUUUGCAUGCGAGGUACCUGAAGAAGGGGAUGUUCUUCAACCCUGACCCGUACGUGAAGAUGUCGAUCCAGCCGGGAAAGCGUGCCAGCUUCCCGCAGCUGACGCACCACGGGCAGAGCACGCGCACCAGCGUGUCGGAAAACACCAUCAGCCCCUCCUGGCACAGCGAGCAGUUCACCUUUGAUGCCCUCCCCACGGAUGUGUUGGAGUUGGAGCUGAAAGACAAGUUUGCGAAAAGCCGCCCGACGAUAAACCGUUUCCUGGGCAAGCUGACGAUUCCCGUGCAGAGACUCAUUGAGAGAAACGCCAUCGGGGACGAAGUUUUGGCCUACAAUCUGCAGAGGCGUUCACCAUCUGAUCAUGUGACCGGACAGAUCAUAUUCCGUGUCGUCUUCCACCACAGGAGUGAGGAAGGGGAAGAAGAGAUGCCGACCACGCCCAUCACCCCCCUGGAGUGUUCCCCAUCCCGGCGGCACCUUCGUCACUUCAACAUUCCCAGCGUCACCAACGGCCAAUCAGCCGACAGCGAGGACGGCACGGUUGCCCCCGACAACAGGACGACCUACAGCAGCAGCCCUGAGGAGGAGCUGCCGGUCGGCGGCACGGACGAGGCGCUGAUCGAGGUUGUCAUGGAAACCAGAGACUUCUCCCAGCAGCAUGACGGUGACGUCAUGUAUGGGGACGAUGAACUCCUGAAUGGGACCGACUUCCUGUCACAUGGACCAAACCAGGAAGAGAACAGCACGAAUCAGGAUGAGAACAGCACGAAUCAGUAUGGAGACAGCACGAAUCAGUAUGGAGACAGCACGAAUCAGUAUGGAGACAGCACAGAUCAGUACGAGAACAGGAUGAGCCUGUGUGAGCGGACGGAAAGCUCGGACGCGCUGCCGAGCCUGGCUACACCAAUGGCUGUGGAGGAGAAUGUGUCAGACUUCCCCGCUGCAGAUCCCCGUGUUAGCGACGACCUCUGCCCUCUGCCCGGCGCAGCGCGGAGCCACCGGGAGGUCAGCUUAGGCGACAUUCUGGACCAGCUGUCGCCGGAGGAGCCCGCGGCGCAGCCCCGAGGCAGCGCCAGCAUCGGCAGUCUGCUGGAUCGGGUGUCGGACAGGAACGACCCUGACUUCCUCCUGGACAUGGACCAUCUGGCCUACAUCGAUGAGAACAACGACGUGUUCCACGACGCAGUGGAGAGCCCCAGCCAGCCUUUCCUCCCUGACUCUCCAGUCUGUGGUGUUUCAGAACCCCUUGUGCACCCUCCUGAAACUAACUACACAGAACCCCCAUUGGAACCUCCUGAAAUUAGAGACACACAACCUCCUGUGCACCCAACUGAAAUGAGAGACUCAGAACCCCUUGGUUACCCUCCUGAAACUAGAGACACAGAACCCCUAUUGGAACCUCCUGAAAUGAGAGACACAGAACCCCUUGUGCACCCUCCUGAAACUCGAGACAUUUCCACCAACACGUCCCCAACCCUGGAGUCUCCCACGGCAGUUUUACUGGAGACUCUGGAUGCAGAACUCCCCUGUCAACAAGACCCAGAUCUCUCAACUGUAGACCCACAACAACCUGAUAUAGACCCACAACAACCUGAUAUAGACCCACAACAACCUGAUAUAGACCCACAACAGCCUGAUAUAGACCCACAACAACCUGAUAUAGACCCACAACAGCCUCAUAUAGAGCUGCAACAACAUAAUAUACACCCACAGCAACAUGAUAUAGACCCAGGGCUCCCUAACUUUGACCCACAGCUGCCUGACAUAGACCCACAAGUCCCUACUGUAGACCCAUGUAAUGAUCCUUGUGCUGAGGACUCUGCAGAUGGUGCUGAUGCGGAUGUUACUGCGGAUGCAGAUGGUGCCAGUGCAGAUGGUGCUGAUGCAGAUGUUUCAGUGACAUCUGCAGGGACAGUUGAUAUAACUACUGACACUGGUGUAGCUGAUGCUGAUGCAGAUGUUACUGCGGAUGCAGAUAUUACUGCGAAUGUUCCUGGAGAUACUACUGCGAACGUUACAUCGAAUGUUGCAGAGAAUGUUCCUGCAGGUGUUCCCGCAGAUGUUCCUGCAGAUGUUCCCGCAGAUGUUAUUGCAGAUGUUCCCGCAGAUGUUUAUGCAGAUGUUGGUGCGGAUUGCGUCCCCCUGUCCGCGCCCAGCCUGCAGCCCAGCCUGAGUUUGCCCGAGACGGAGUCGGACCUCAGCCCGUCGGCGGAGAGGCGGGGCUCGCAUGCUAGGGUGGACACCAUGGAACUCAUCGCAGAGAUCGACAACUACGUCACCACGGUUACGCAGACGGCACAGCGACGGCGCCAGCUGAGCUCGGUCCGCAGCGACAGCGUGAGUAGCGGCACGCGGCGGAACACGAGCACGGACAGCGACUCGACCUCGAGCACCGACACCUCCUCGCGGGACUCCGCCUCCAUGUUGAGCCUGCAGGAGCGCCGGCGGUCGCUAAUCCGACAGAACGCCGCCCGCACCUCCGUGGAGCGCGCCGAGUCUCAGGACGUGUUCCAGGACACCGCCAUCGACAUCAUCAGGCAAACUGUGAGUAACGGUUUCCACCCAGACAGCACGUUGGACAGCGCAGGGUUCCGACAGGACAGCGUCGUGGACAGCAUCGGCACCUUCGGCAGCUCGCUGGAUCACGUGGACAGUGAGGACGGGGGAGAGAUGACCUCUGACCUUCGCCCCACGCCGGACGGAGAGACGAGCGUGAUCGUUGUGGAGGACACGAGCGGCGUACAGACGACCCACGACAGCGAGGAUAGCGACUCCGGGGUCAACCUGCUGGCAGAUGGGUCGCUAGGUCCUGAUGACGUCAUCGUAGGGACGGACCCGGUUGCCAUGGGAGCGAAAACCUUCCGGCCGCGCAUCCAUUCCUCGGUGCGCUCGGAGAGCUACCUCAUCGCCACGCGCCCGGACACGCCCAUCCAACAGCGCCGCGGGCGGGUCACGGCCGCCGAGAACGUCAGCAGCCAAUCAACACCCAGCACCAGCCGGCAGGCCUCGCUGCACGAGGAGGAGGAUGGGACCGCGGCGCAAGAACCCACGGCGCAAGAACCUGCGGCACAGGAAACCCCAGCACAGGAACCCGCGGCACAGGAAGAUGCAGACACGGCCGGGCGAGCCGUGCUGAUCGAGCGCAGCGGGACGCCUGGGGCCGCGGGCGAGAGACUAAGCACGGGCUCCGACACACAGGCCUCGCCAGCUGCUGAUGGGCAGGCUGAGGACCAGUCUGCCUCGGCCCAGGCCCUUAUAUGGGAGCGUCGCCCGAGCGCCAGCGUGGAGAGUUCCGACUCACAGGAGCAGCUGCCAGGUCAGGGGGCCAGUAACGGGGUCACUACAGCUGCAGGUGUGACAGGUGCAACAGCUGACGACACCAGUCUUCCUGAUGCCGCCUGCUCCCCCCUCCCACAGAAUGGUACAGGCCAGGGCCAGGAGCCAACCACAGCGCGGGAGCCGGUCAGGGCAAGGGUCACGCUGCCCACGUUACCCCGGCAACCGCGAGCCAAUGAGAGAGCAAACGUGCUGUACCCCCGGGUGGAACCUCCGCCUGGUGUGGACCCGCUGCCCACACACUGGGAGGCGCGAGUGGACAGCCACGGGCGGGUGUUCUACAUCGACCACGUGAACCGCACGACGACCUGGGAGCGUCCCCGUGGCAACGUGUCGGCGCAGCAGCUUCAGCGGUCCAGCUCCAUCAAAGACGCCGCAGCAGCGCGCCCAGCUGGACAGGAGGUACAGGGGGAGACCUCUAGCAGAUUGGGCACAAACUGCAGCUUGGUAAGGGUAAGGGUAAUGGGUUAG